UAUUACCGUCGUGCUCGCCUCCUUGCUAUCCAGAAGCACUAUCCAUCUAUGUUUAACAAGCCUGCUAACGCACCCUUCUUCUCAACUGGUAUGUCUGAUCUGAGUGACCACAUAUCAGAGCGCAGCUUCCAUGUUAGUCGACCAUUCUCUGCUCCUGGAAGUCCCUCGGCCUCUGGUCGCUCCACUCCUCUGCGUGGCUCUAGCUGUGGCACUGGGGGUGGUGGAGGCGGCAGCCUCCGCUCAUGCUCUGAUAGCGAAGAUGAUGAGGAUGUGGAUGACAACACAGAGCGCAUAGAGCUCGGUCUUUGCGGCCUCGAUAUCUCGGUUGCCGACGAACCCUCUACUGCGGACGCUUAUGCACCUGCUUAG